GGACUCCUGCAGGUCGGACUGUACUGUUCCUCCCCCAUGCUUCUGCUGUUUGCCAGGCCUGUCCCAGGAAAGAGGUCACGGGACCUCGGAGUGAUUCGCAGUUUAUGGCAAAACAGAGGAGAAAGCCAGCACCUUAACUGGCUGUUCUCAGCCGGCUUCCACACUCCUAUGUCUGGGAACAGUGCAGCAUUUAGGUGCCAUCUGUUCUUGUGACCCAGGGGAUCCUGAGACCACAGUGUCACAUAACAAUCCUGAGAAGACAGAGGCAUCAGAACGAGGGGACUUUUACAUCACGGGGGACCGAGCCCACAAGGACAAGGAUGGCUACUUUUGGUUCAUGGGAAGAAAUGAUGAUGUGAUCAAUUCCUCAAGCUACCGGAUUGGGCCCGUUGAAGUGGAAAAUGCCCUUGCCGAGCACCCUGCUGAUCUGGAGGCUGCUGUGGUCAGCAGCCCAGACCCCAUCAGAGGGGAGGUGGUGAAGGCAUUUAUUGUCCUUUCUCCAGCUUACUCCUCUCAAGAUCCUAAGAAACUAACUCAGGAGCUCCAGGAGCAUGUGAAAAGGGUGACCACUCCAUACAAGUACCCCAGGAAGGUGGCCUUUGUUUCAGAAUUGCCCAAGACAGUUUCUGGAAAGAUCCAAAGGAUUAAAUUGAGAAGCCAAGAGUGGGGGGAGAUGAGAGGCAACCCCCGAAAGGCCCCAUAG